AUGGCCUCUACACGAAAACCGUCACCCGUUUCUAAGCUACGGAUAUCCUCCUUCAUCAAGGCCAUUUCUAUCCUUGGCAUCAUCAUCGUCAUAUUCGGUUACAUCUACUGGGGUCACCUUGCGCGCAUAAAUACCGCUUUCGACUACCAGAAACUGCCCCCUUCUACAGAACUCCAAACCGACAAUCCUUCAAGCCAGGAAUGGACACACAAGAUAUGGCAGACGAGCAAAUACCCAGUCGCCGCAAUGAGUGAGGAGGACCGGACCCACUUCCAGACAUGGACAGAUUUGAACCCUGAUUGGGGACAUGAAGUGCUGACGGAUGAGGUAAUGGAGAGCUAUGUCCGAGAUCAUUUCCAUGAAACGCAGCCUGAGAUGGAGGAACUAUAUUUCGAGGUCAAGGAUUACAUACUGAGAUCGGAUUUGAUAAGGUACUUUGUAAUGCUGGCAGAUGGUGGUGUCUACAAUGAUCUCGACGUGGGCUGCGAAAAGCCUAUCAGCACCUGGGUACCCAAACAGUUCGAAGACACCGCUGGGAUCUUGCUUGGUGUCGAAGUCGACAACAAGUACGGACCUGACGGGAGGACUUUUACCAACGGAGAGGAUCUCUUUGAAUUGGUAAAUUGGACCAUCAUGUCAAAGCCUAACCAGCCAUUUAUGGGGUUCUUGGUCCAGCGUGUGAUGGAGAAUAUCAAGAGUCUAGCAGCUUCGAAGAACCAAGCUAUUUCAGAGAUGGUUCCUACAAUCCCGGACGUUCUCGUUACUACUGGUCCGGCGGCUCUUACAACGGCUUUCUUUGAUUAUGCUUCAGGUCUGACCGGCAGGAAUGUCACAUACAAGAACUUCACAAAAAUAACCGAGCCACAGAUCGUUGGCGAGGUUGUUAUCCUUCCAAUUCAAGCUUUUGGUGCUGGUCAUCAAGUUCAGUGGGCAGGCCUGAAGCAGGAUGGCUCUCAGCUGGUCCAUCACUAUUUUGCGGGAUCUUGGAAAGGGGACCAUCAUGAUGGUGGUUGGCAGGAUGCGGAACACAAAGCUCUUGAGGAGGCACGAAAGAAGAAAGAAGAGGCGAAGACUGCGGAAAAGGCACCAGACAAGGCUGCUGAAGGUGUGACGACGGAAGAAAACCCGGGUUUGAUACCAGAGAAUAACCUAACAGUUGAGGAAAAGGUACUCCCACCACAGACAGCAAAUACCACAACAUCGCCAGGGACUGUAGCACUCUCCAAGCCGCCAGUUGUGGAACAACCAACAAACUCCAACAUCACUGAGCUCAAAGUAGCCGUUGACGAGGCGGCUUCAAUCCAAAAUGGCAGUGCCGCGGUUGCGGACACAGUUGCAGUCAUCAACUCAGCCAUCGCAGACGCGGCCCCAGCUCCAGCUUACAGCGCAGCGGCAGUGAACAGUCCAACCACUGAAAAGCUAGGGUCGGUAUCAAAUGGGAAUGCUCAGGUUGAGGACAUAACAGUAAUCAACAAGCCAGCCGAAACAGUCCCAACCCAAGAGGAUAACGUAGCGGUUGGAGACACAAAGGCGGUGGCCAAAUUGGUCGAGCCUAACCUGUAG